AUGACUCGAGUAUUCAGGCCUUAUCUUGAUUCCUUUGUGAUUAUAUUCAUCAAUGAUAUACUGGUAUACUCAUGGAGUAGGGAGAAGCACAUGCAGCAUUUGAGGGUUGUGCUCCAGACUUUGAGAGAUCAGCAACUUUAUGCUCAAUUCUCAAAGUGCGAGUUUUUGUUAGAGUCUAUGGAAUUUUUGGGAAAUGUGGUGUCCAGAGAGGGUAUUAGGGUGGAUCUAGUAAAGAUUGACACUAUUCGUGAUUGGGCUAGGCCUAUAUCUAUUAUGGAGAUUCAGAGCUUCAUUGGAUUGGCUGGUUAUGGGAGUGCGUCGACCCUUGCGCUUCGAGGUGGGAGAUUGGGUACUCUUGCGUGUAUCGCCCUUGAAGGGCGUGAUGAGAUUUGGCAGAUAGGAGUUGGAGAGGUUGCUUAUGAUUUGGCUUUGCCACCAGCAUUUUCAGCUAUACACUCUGUUUUUCAUGUUUCUAUGCUGCGCUGGUACAUUCCACAAGAGUCUCACGUGCUUCAGUAUGAUUCUGUUGAGUUGGAUGAUCAUCUGACCUUUGUUGAGGAGCCGAUUUCUAUUCUAACCAGAGAUGUUCACCAGAUUCGUUCUAAGUCCAUCCCUAUGAUUAAGUCCAAUGGUGCCAUUAUCCGAUUGAAGAGGCUACAUGGGAGACCGAGCAGGAUAUGUGGGAGUAGUUCCCCAACUUAUUUGACCCUCUAG